AUGACCGAAAUUCAACCACAAUUGACUAACACCAAAGAACCCGUGUGCGUUACCGGAGCAAAUGGAUUCAUCGGGUCAUGGAUUGUCAAAACCCUCUUAGAACGCGGCUACACGACGAUCCACGCUUCCAUUUUCCCGGGCUCCGACCCAUCUCACAUCUUAUCUCUUCCCCGCGCCGGACUGGCGGCGGUGGUGGUGCACGAGGCCAACCUAUUGGACGCUGAUGCUGUGUCCAAAGCAAUCGAGGGAUGUGCCGGCGGCGGAGUCUUCCACGUGGCGUCCCCUUGCACGCUGGAGGACCCGGUUGACCCGCAGAAGGAGCUGGUGGAACCGGCGGUUCAGGGCACUCUGAAUGUACUCGCCGCCGCCAAGAAGUUCAACGUCAGGAGGGUCGUGCUGACAUCAUCCGUCUCGGCGAUGUUGCCGAACCCGAGUUGGCCUAUAGACAAGGUGUUUGAUGAAACGUCAUGGACUGAUCUUGAUUACUGCAUCUCUCGCAAGGCAUGGUAUGCAGUAUCGAAAACACUGGCUGAAAAAGCUGCAUGGGAAUUUGCAGAGAAGAACAAAUUGGAUAUAGUUGCAAUUAACCCAGUGACAUGUCUUGGCCAACUUUUGCAACCUAACUUAAAUGCAAGCUGUGCUGUUCUGCAACAGCUGCUGCAGGGAUCAAAAAAUACACAAGAGAAUUAUUGGUUGGGAGCUGUGCAUGUCAAAGACGUGGCCGAGGCACAAGUUCGACUCUUUGAGACUCCUGAUGCUUCUGGAAGAUAUCUUUGUACUAAUGGAAGCUACCAGUUUGGGGAUUUUGCACAGAGAGUCUCAAAACUCUUUCCUGAAUUUCCUAUUCACAGGUUUGAAGGUGAAACUCAACCAGGUUUGGUAGCUUGUGAAGAUGCUGCAAAGAGAUUAAUCAACUUGGGAGUAGUUUUUACGCCCGUGGAAGAUGCUGUCCGUGACACGGUGGGUAGCCUUAAAGAAAAAGGCUUCCUGGGACAGCAAGAUUAA